AUGCGAUUCCGAUCUCUCUUUAUCUCCAUCACCACGCUGGUCUCUUUGGGAGCUGGAUAUGUCAUUCAUGAAGGAAGCACCUGUCGUCUGUAUCCAGAGUCCCUCAAGCACAAUGGACUACCCGUUGAUGAUGCGCCUUCCAUCCACGAAGCCUUCAAGACCUGCGGGUCCAAUGGCCAGGUUGUUUUCUCCAACUAUACGUUCAACAUCAACUCUGUCCUGAAUACAACAAACUUGAUGAAUUGCGAUGUGUCGUUACAGGGGGAGCUACUUUUUUCUGACGACAUUUCAUACUGGCUCAAUCACUCUUAUCCCGUUGUCUUCCAAAAUCAAUCCACGGCAUGGCUCUUCGGAGGAACCAACGUCACUUUUCGUGGCGAGGGUGGCUGGUACAAUGGAAAUGGCCAGGCGUGGUAUACAGAGAACCGCAACCAAAGUAAUCAGCCGGGUCGACCAAUCAGCAUUACAUUCAUCAACUCUCUGAAUCUACUCGUGGACGGACUACGUAUCGUCCAACCCCAAUUUUGGGCAACAUUCGUCUCAUACAGCAAAAAUGUGUCCAUCACGAAUCUCUAUGUAAAUGCUACGAGUAAUGAUGAAUGGGGCACCGUCAACACCGAUGGCUAUGACUCUUGGAAUAGCGACACUCUGCUUGUUGAAAAUGCCGACAUCACCAAUCAAGAUGAUUGUAUUGCGGCGAAGGGAAACACUACGAAUUUGCUAGUCAGGAACGUCACUUGUCAUGGGAACUAUGGAAUGACAAUUGGUUCUGUUGGGCAAUACCCUACAAUGCCUGAUUAUGUCCAGAAUGUCACCUUUGAAGAUGUCCGAUGCUUGAAUUGCAUGGAGGGGGCCUUCAUCAAGACGUGGCAGGGUGUCUCUGAUGAUGGCAGCUCCAACGGCGAUGCCGGAGGUGGUGGCAGUGGUCUCAUCAAGAACAUCACUUACCGCAAUUUUGAGUUGACCAACGUUGCUUUGCCCAUUCAAAUCUCGCAAUGCAUUUACUCUGAAAACGGGCAGACUUGCAAUACAUCCAAGAUGGCUAUUGAAGACGUUACUUGGUCCAAUAUCAAAGGGACGUCUCGGUACAAUGUUGCGGCAUCGAUCUAUUGCUCUGAUGUGCACCCUUGCCCAGGCAUCAAAUUUGAGGACAUCAACCUUCAAUCCGUGAAUAUCACGUUGGGGUUGCCCCUUUAUGAUACAGAUAUUCAGCAUGAGGUCUAUCAGUGCACAAAUAUCGUCAAUGUGGCUGACUCUGGGAUUCCUUGCAAUCUUGCUGCCCCGGACAAUUAUGGCCAAACAGUGACUUCAAAUGUGAGCGACGAAUAG